UCCUUGUCAAGAAAUUAUGCUAUUAGAUCAAAAAUUCAUGAUUGGAUGAUUUAAAGAACAGUGAUCAAACCAAAAACAAAACACUUCUACUAUUUUUUUUUGAGGUUCAAGAAAUUAUACUAUAUGAUCUAGUUUCAUGACAUGACAAUGAUCAAGAAAAAGCUUAGUCCCUCCUAAUUCCUUACCCCUACAAGACAAGAAAGACACAAAUCCAUAGCCCUCACCAAAAGUCAAGCUUCCACACCAAAAGUCAAGGCCUUUGAUCAAUUCUCAAUAACAACAGUAGCUCAUAUCAAAACAACCAAACAAAAAUAUCAAAACCAAUAAACUUAAAAGAGGUAAUAGCAAGAGAUAUCUCACAUUGAAUACUGUAAAAGAAACAUCCCCAUUUCCAGGACCUCCUUCUCCUCUUUUCGCUUCAAUCUCAGAGUGUGGUGUUGCAGUCAGAGUGGUAAAAAUACAGGGGCGAAUGGAACAAAUAGUUGUUAAUGGCUCAGAGUCACAAGUUGUAGUGGAUGAUUCUAAUUUGUUGCAAAAGAAAAUAUCUGCAAUUCGAGUUGGGGGUCCUGGAAAGCUACAGGUAAUUGCAGAUUUUGAUGGCACAUUGACAAAAUAUUGGAUAGAUGGUUGCCGAGGCCAAGGCAGUCAUAAUGUUGUACAACAGGAGGAUCCUGAGUUCAAUGACAAGAGGCAGAAAUUAUAUGAGUAUUAUCAUCCCUUAGAAUUUGAUCCAACAAUUCCCCUUGAUGAGAAAACCAAGCUCAUGGAAGAGUGGUGGGGAAAAACACAUGCUCUUCUCAUUGAAGGAGGCGUUACAUACAAUGGAAUUCAAAAUUCCGUGGCUAAAGCCAGAAUUGCAUUCAGGGAUGGUGUAACUGAACUUCUUGAACUUUUGGAGGAAAAAGGUGUUCCUGUUCUUAUAUUCUCUGCAGGUUUAGCUGACAUAAUAGAGGAGGUGCUGAAGCAGAAAGUUCAUAGAUCUUUCAAGAAUGUUAGAGUUGUCUCCAACAGGAUGGUGUUUGAUGAAAAUGGCCACCUACAGUCAUUUAAAGGUAAGACAAUCCAUGUACUCAACAAGAAUGAGCAUGCACUUGACAUGGCUGCACCACUUCAUGAUCACUGUGAUGACGUGAAAGGACUGGGUGAUGAGAAAUAUGCAUUAAAAAAGAGAACUAAUGUGCUACUUCUUGGUGACCACAUUGGAGAUUUGGGAAUGUCUAACGGCUUAGACUAUGAAACAAGAAUAUCUGUGGGUUUUCUGAAUGACAGAGUGGAAGAUUCUCUAGAAUGCUACCGAAAAGCUUUCGACAUUCUCUAUCUGAAUGAUGCAUCCAUGCAUGGAGUACUCAAGCUUGCGACUCAUCUCUGUUCAACAGAAAGCGAUUGAAUUACUUGCAUUGCUCCUCGCAAGACUCUGUUUCCUUGCUUGGAUUGGCAAACAGCACGAAUGACCUCUACUUUCUUACAUUCUUAUAAGAAAUCGUGUCAAGAAAAUCUCCAUUCAAGAUACAUAGCAGCACUCCUAAUAUCGACAACUUCUCAACAUUUGUCGUCACCAUCAGGCACUACCUCAAUCUAGGCAUGUUUACUGGCUUCACAUGCAGAGAAUGGAGAGAAAUCUCCGGUUUAGAGUGUAGAUUGAUUUACCUUGGGAAAUAAUUCAUUUGGGAACUCGUUGUAUUGCUCCGUAGCUCAUAAUGUAGCUUGUUGCAAUUCACAAUGAAGUGGUGAUUCCCUUUAUAAGGAUUCUUAGAACCAUUUUUAACAACAUUUAAAGACCACCUAUCUUACAAGGUACUGAUGAUACCUCUAAGCUGCUACAAUGACUGGUGUAUCUAGUAAUUUCUUGUACGUUGUUUAUUUCCUUGUUCGAGUAUGAACGCGUAAUUCCUCUCUUCACUCCCAUUUA